AUGGAGAUUCCCGGUGUAUUUUCAGACAUACCACGCUGGGAGUACAGCAGCCCGAUCUACGGCAACCCACAACCACUGGUCGCGGCAAUGCCCACGGCUCAGGCUGCGCCAUUUGCGUUACUGCAGCAGCAAAUGGCUGUGUGGCCACCAGCAGCAGCCCCGGCUGCUGUGGCGCUCCUGCCCAGUGCCCAUAUUGGCUCAACCUCAGAACUGAUAACUCCCCUGAGCGCCACCUUCCCUCAGUGCGUAAUGUUGGUAAGUCCAACGCAGGGGACGUUUGAUACCUCCUUCCCCGAGACUGUGAUGGCCAGGGAGUUUACCACCCCACCGGUGCAACCUGUCUACGGUGUUGUUCCUACCGGGGACAACUUUGGGGCAGUGUCGAGAGAAUUCUCAGCCUUCCUGCGGGGAGAGCAUUGCUCGUACUCCACGGGACAGUGCGCUCCCAGUGGGAAUGUGAUUUCCAAGGGUGAUCGCGUAGUGAGUGUUCGCAACUUCAGCUGCAUUCUUGGUUCCAGCCACGAAAAGGACGUGGUGGGUGACACGGCUAUUCCACCCCUUGCACAGACGCGGCCCCGACCCUGCCAUAUUCCCCGGCAUCUUUUGUCCUCGGCAACCUCUAAUUCAUGUUUUACUACCAAAACCGCUAUGGUCGGGAUGGCUUCGGCGUGCUGA